AAAAAUAGUCUAAAAAUUGAAUCGUUCACACAAAACAGUUUGGAAAAAUCAUUCUUCUCCGGCCUCUCUGUCAAAACUCGAAAUUCGCUCUCCUCUCUCAUCUUCCUUCCAUUUCCUUUCAUCAAGUUUUCAACGUCAAUCAAUCCACCACAACAGUAACAAUCAGUUUUUUUUAUUAUGGAUGGAGAGGGGACCCACGACACCAUCUCCAGGGGGCCUGAUCCGUUCCACUCUAUCAAUUCGGACGGUGGUGACGCCUCUCCGUCACAGUAUUCCUCAUGCGGAGAAUCGGAGUUCGAGCGAUACUGCAGCGCCAAUUCAGUUAUGGGCACACCUAGCUAUAGUAGCUCAUUUGGAGCCUCUUUUAAUGAUUGUAUAGAGUCUGAUCUUGGGUCUUUGAAAAGUUUGGAUGAUUUUGGGUUUGAUGGUAAUAGGAACUUGGAGGAUAGAAAGCUUUUGAAUUCGGUUAUUGAUCGUUUAGAUGGCAGUUUUGAAGAGAAUGAGACUGGUAGGUUGGGAAUUUGUGGAGCAAGUAGUAAUGAAUUGGACAGUAGGAUUUGGGAGAUUGAGAAAGGGGAUUUGGGUCGAGUUGGCUGUGGAGAGAAUGAAGAUUGUCAAAGUGGGUUGGAUGUAGAGGUAGAUUUGGGAUUUGAUGGGGGGAAAGAUGGGGGUUCGUCUAGAUAUGGAUAUUCGGAGGAUGAUGAUUCCAUUUGUGGGUGUGGUUCGGAUGAUGAGAAAAGGAAGAAUUUGUAUUUUAGGAGGAAUGUGUUGCUUGGUGAGGAAGGGAAAGUAGGUGGUGAGAAUCCGUUGCUGAUGGGUUCGUCUGUGGCUUUUGGGUCGGAAGAUUGGGAUGAUUUUGAGCUAGAAACUGGGGGAGGCAUUGGAGCUUCUUUGACCUUGGAUAAAUUUCAGCAGCAGGAGCAGGGUCUGGCGACUGACGGAAACUUUUUCAGUUCUAUUCCUGUGGUUUCAACUGUAGCACCUGUUAUUGGGGACGCAGAAAUAGGGGAAGAUGUGACUGAGGAACAUGCUGGCAUUGAAGACAGUGAAGGUGAUGAUUUGGGAGAGAAGCUCAAUUCCGGUACUGAGAUCCCUUAUGGUGUACGGAAUUCUAUUGUGGAUCUAGUGGAAGACAUGAGAGACAUUUCUGUAGUCAGUUGUCAGGUACAAGGUGCUCAUGAAUUGGCCAAAGAUGAUAAAAGUACUUUGAUCAUGCCAUUUGGUUUUCCAGGCUAUUGCGAACCACAGCAAGAAGAUGCUAGAGACAUUUCUCUUAACUGCAAUCAAGCCCAAGGUAGUAACGACACAACAGAGCUUUACAAAAGUUGUCCUGUCAGCGACUUCUUUGAGGUGGAGCAGGAACCUCUUGUAGAAAUAACCCCCGUAGGGUUAGGAUUGAAUUUUACAGAUCCUCACAUGGAAGGUCUGAAUCCAUGUGUGAAAUCCGAGGAAGUUGUUUGUACCGAUGAUAAAAAAGCUUUGGAAAAUGAAGAGGCUGGGAAUUUUGAAGUAGAGGCAGAUCCCCUUUCUGAUACAACUAAUCAACUUCAUUUCUGCGCAGUUGAAUACUCAGAAAAUGCAAGUGCAGAAUCCCUUGUGACCCAAAAAUUAAAUUCAACUCUGCCAAUGCUUGAAAAUAACAUGAAAAAAGCAUCAGAAAAUGCUCCUGGUUCUGUGAUUCUUUAUGAAGACCAUUCUGCAGUGGUUAAGGCAGAGAAUUUUGAGCUUAUUGAAUUUUACGAUGAGAUUGUCAACGAAAUGGAAGAAAUUUUACUUGACUCCGGUGAGUCUCCAGGGGCUAGAUUUCUUCAGGGUAAUCAUUUGUUUCAGUCACAGCUAUUACUGCCGCUAAGAGAUGGUGGGUCAACUGCUUCUACUUCUGGUACCAACGAGGCUUACCCGCUAAUUACACAUCCAAAGAGAAUUGAUAGGGUUGAAGUGGUAGGAGCAAAGCAGAAGAAAGGAGAUGUCUCCCUUAGUGAAAGAUUGGUUGGAGUGAAGGAAUACACCAUGUAUAUAAUAAGGGUAUGGAGUGGCAAAGACCAGUGGGAGGUUGAACGCAGGUAUCGUGAUUUCCAUACGCUCUAUCGCAGGCUGAAAUCAUUAUUUGCUGACCAGGGCUGGACUCUUCCUUCUCCUUGGUCCUCUGUGGAAAAGGAAUCUAGAAAAAUAUUCGGGAAUGCAUCUCCAGAUGUUGUUUCUGAGAGAAGUGUUCUUAUUAAGGAGUGUUUACAUUCAACUAUCCAUUCUGGGUUCUUUUCCAGUCCCCCAAGUGCACUGGUUUGGUUCUUGUGUCCUCAAGGUUCAUUUCCUAGUUCCCCUGCAGCAAGAAUGCCAGUUGCUCGGUCUAUAUUUUCUAACAAAGGGGCAGAUGCAGGAAAUAUUUCCACUUUAGGGAAGACAAUAUCGCUUAUUGUUGAAAUCCAGCCACACAAAUCUACUAAACAGAUGCUAGAAGUGCAACAUUAUACUUGUGCUGGAUGCCACAAGCAUUUUGAUGAUGGUAUGACAUUAAUGCAGGACUUUGUACAGACACUUGGGUGGGGAAAGCCUCGGCUUUGCGAGUAUACUGGUCAGUUAUUUUGUUCUUCAUGCCACACAAACGAGACUGCAGUUUUGCCAGCAAGAGUUCUACAUUAUUGGGAUUUUAAUCAAUACCCAGUUUCUCAUCUGGCCAAGUCAUACUUGGAUUCCAUCCAUGAGCAGCCCAUGCUUUGUGUAAGCGCAGUCAAUCCUCUCUUAUUCUCCAAGGUCCCAGCCUUGCACCAUAUUAUGGGUGUCAGGAAAAAAAUUGGAACUAUGCUUCAAUAUGUUCGAUGUCCAUUCCGCAGGACCAUCAACAAAGUACUCGGUUCUCGAAGAUAUCUUCUUGAAAGCAAUGAUUUUUUUCCCCUUAGAGACCUCAUAGAUCUCUCAAAAGGGGCAUUUGCAGCACUACCGGUGAUGGUGGAAACUGUUUCAAGGAAAAUUCUGGAGCAUAUAACAGAGCAAUGUCUCAUAUGCUGCGAUGUGGGAGUCCCCUGCAGUGCCCGACAAGCUUGUAAUGAUCCAUCUUCCCUCAUAUUCCCUUUUCAGGAAGGUGAAAUUGAAAGGUGUGCUUCUUGCGGAUCAGUAUUCCACAAGCCCUGCUUCAGAAAGCUUACAAAUUGCUCUUGUGGGACACGCCUUAGUGCAGAUCAGGUCAUGGAGUCUACCAAUAUGUUGAGCCGUAAGGCCAGUGGUUUCGUGCUGGGAAGGAGAUCGGGCUCUAGUUUGCAUCUGGGAUUGCUCUCUGGACUAUUUUCGAAGGCACGUCCAGAAAAAAUGAAGGACGAAGAUACUAUUAUCUUAAUGGGUUCUUUGCCAACCACUUCUCUUUAAUCACCUGUGAUUGUAAUGUGCCUUUUGUAUAUUGUCUUGAUUGUAAAGCGGGAGUUCAUUGUACCACUUGGCACCUUGAGUUUUUGGCUGAACAAGCGGACGUAGCCUAUAUCAUUGCAUUGUAUGAAGAGUUUCGAGGUUGGGUGAGUGUAUAUAUUACAUGAUUCAUAUGACUGUCUUCCUUUUGUAAUAAGAAAAUAAUUUCAAGUAUUAA